CUUCCAGCCCUGCCCCUCAUCCAGCAUGGCAGACACGGUGCAGGCCCUCAGCAACAGUCCUCAGGGGCACUUGGCACUCACUGCUGCUUCUGUUUGCUCUCUCCUCUCCAGUUUGCAUGCUGUGCCGCCGAGCAGAUGUUCAUUUGGACAUCUGCGGGCCCAUACUUGGUGACAGCGGGCUUCGCGUCCACAAGUUUUGCUUGUAUUUUGCCGACAGCCUUUAUGAGCUCACUGCCAAUCAGAGGGUUGUUCUGAAGUUCCCCCUCGAUGCCAUCAGAAGCACAAUCGAGGAGGCAGAGCAGAAGCACUGCUUCGUUUGUGGAGAGAAGGGGGCCACCAUCUGCUGUGAAGAGACAGGCUGUGAACGCAGCUUUCAUCUGCCCUGUGCCACAGAUGGGGAAUGCGUCACGCAGUUCUUUGGGAACCACAGGUCCUUCUGCUGUGAGCACCGCCCUCAGCAGAUAGUAGAGGCAGCUCCAGGGCCAGACACAAACUGUGUGGUCUGCCUGGAGCCCGUGGGGGACCAAAAGUCCUACCACACCAUGGUGUGCCCGGUGUGCACAAAGUCCUGGUUCCAUCGGAGCUGCAUCCAGGGAUAUGCCAUAAGCGCUGGAAUUCUGCGCUUCCGAUGUCCCGUUUGCAGAGACAGGGUGCGAUUCCGGACGGAAAUGCACCGCCUUGGGAUCCAAAUCCCAGCCAGAAGACCAACAUGGGAGGACAAGGAGAGCUAUGAAGUGCUGCACGCGCCUCACAGCUGCUGCGAUGUGGAUGAAUGUCAACACACAGAGGGCAGGAAGCAAGCAGAGGAAGAGGGGCCCUGGGAGCUGCUCCUUUGCACCUCCUGUGCUGUGCAAGGCACCCACAGAAAGUGUGCCUCCUUGAGCGACAGCACAAUCAGCUGGGAGUGUGACAUCUGUGCUGCCGCGGACGCAGCCUCCAGUGCCGAGUCACAGCCUGCUGGUCCCAGCACUGCCAGCCAGGAGGAGGAGGGGCCAUCAGAUAGCUCCCCAGCUCCUGACAACCAGGAAUCUGAGUCCACCAGCCAGGCAGCAUUGGAGUCAACUCAGAGUCCGCAGCUGGCUAAGCGCAGCAGCCUGUCCAGCCAGCCCAGGACAGGACAAAAGAAAAAGCGCGUGAGCAUAUCCAGCCAGCACCAAGAAUGGCAUUACGAAGAACACCAAGGGAGCAGCCAUACUCCUGCUCCAGACGCUGAGAGCAGCACCCACGGAUCCACCAGCGAGCAGGAAGUGGGGCACUCCAGCAGCUCCCCAGCGGCUGAGUGCAGACGGCAGUCCAGGCAGCAGGGCACAGGCCGGACAAGAAGCCGCUCUCCGCUAGAGCGUCGUGCCUCAAAUUCCUCGAGUCCACGCAGAAGAUCUCGUGGCAGCAGAUGUUCUGCAGACUCAGGUGCUGAGAACAGCAAGCGCAGCUCUGCCAGCCAGAGGUCAGCAAGGAACUCCCCAAGGGCUGGAAACAGUAGAAGGCAGAGCACCACAAGCCGCAGGCAAAGCCAGUCCUCCGUACAAAGUCUGGCUUCAAAUUCCUCAAGCCAGUCCCAAGGACGCCGUGGCAGCAGAGUUAGUCCAACCCCAGGUGCUGAGAGCAGCACCCAGAGCUCUGCCACACAGGAGACACGGAGGGCCUCCAGGGAUUCCAGGGCUUCCCAAAGACGGCGUUCCAGUCUCCUGCAGCGAGGGCAGCCCCAGGAACGAAGCCGUUCCCCACUGGAUCGUCGGGCUUCCAAUUCCCAAAGUGAGGCUGGAGGAAGCCACAGCGGCAGCCCCAGACAGCGGCGACCAUCUCGGGCACGACGCCACUCCCGGAACCAGCCCUGA